UUGAUAGGAGUGCACGCGUCGCAUUAAUACAAAAACAACGCUAAGGAUAACCGGAUUCGUUAAGGAUAACCGUUUGAAUAGCAUUUAAAAGUGUUACUUUGCAUUCUAAUGUUUUAAACAGAAUAUUUAUUUGUUAAUAAUUUGUAACAGAAAUGGAAGACGUGUAUGCAAUAAAAGUGAAAACGAAACCAGAUCCAAGGAACUUGUAUCCAUCCGAACGUCGGUAUUCUGCUUCGACCGUGUCUGGCUUUGCUUGGGUUCACAUAGUUUUGGCGAUAACAUUAUUAAUAUUCACAAGCCUAACAUUAAUCAUACCAGACGAAAAUUCAGAAUUUACUAACUCUUUUAACUUUAAGAAUUCUACAAACAACGAUAAAUCUUAUCUGUUAGUAAUGGCGCCAAGUUUAGUGUCAAUAUUCGCGUUGACAGCUGGUUUGACUGCAAUUUUGUCAUCUGUGAAAUGGUACAUUGACAAAAAUAUAGCAUUAUUUUUCAUAGCGUCUGUUGUUGCGUUUUUAUCGUGUUUAUUAGCUAUUUGUUUGAUUUUAACAUGGAGAUUAACUAAUAAUGGCGAGAGAGAAGUCUUUGUGUUGAAACAUACCGAUAUACUGAAUAAAAAUGAAACACACUUAAUAAUUAAUCGACGUAUUACCGAGGAACAAACUAAAUUGUAUACAAAUAAUGUUUUGUUUGUGAAUAUUUUGAUUGCUACGGUAUUAGAGUUGAUCUGGUCGAUUUUAAGUAUUAAAAUCUCAUAUAAAGGUAUGAGAAACACGUAUAAUGUUGAAGAUAAACGCGGAGAUUGUGUCCAAGUCGUAACAAAGAUAAAAGGAACACCUGGAAGAAAAUUUCACCCUAAAAUUAAUAAGAUUUUUCUUGCCCAUAAUAAAAAUGGUUUUUAUUUGAAGAAUGAAAAAGCGAAAAUUCCAGAGACAAGCUCUGAGUUGUAUAAGGAACGAAUGAUGGAUUUUUUGAAUGAGUCCUAUGAAGGGUCAUCCAACCUGGAACAACCCAGUGAGCAAUCAGAAACCGCCGUUAAACCCGGGACACCCAAUAAACGAAUAACACCACUAAGCUGGGGAGAUUCACUGGAUCAUAGUGUGUAUAAUCAAAAUACUGUGAAUUUUGAAAAAGUUUUUAAGUUUCACAAUGAUAAGACUGAUAAUAAGGAGUGACAAAUUUGUUACGAGAAUUGAAAGCUUAAAUAUCUACAUUAAAAUAGGUAACUCAACUAUUGGAUAAUUUUGUAUAAAAAUAUGACAACAUAAGUUAUUACAUUAUGUAAAAUUUAACCAUAGUACUAAAGAAAUCAUGACUAUAUAGUGAAAAUUGGAAUUGUAUGUAUCUUAUGUGACAUUCUUAUAUGUUGGCUGCAAAUAAUGUAAUCUGAAAAAGAGCUAAAAGCUGGGUAGUGAAAUUUUAUUACUUUCACACAUAUCAUUCUGAAUAUAUCCAUUUGCAGGCAAGACCAUAAGAAUAAUGUCAAUUAAUAGGAACUUAUAGAUUAGAAAUAAUUGAUUUAUAGGAAAAAUUAAAUUCUAUUUAAAUAGCACUAUAAUAACAAUAAUAAGCAUAAAGAGUAAACGCUUAUUUUAAUCAAAUAGAUGUCAGAAAGAAUACUCCUUAUUUCUAAACCAAUACAUGUUUAACAUUUAGGAACAAUACUUAGUGUAUGUCUUGACUUGAAUUUAAUAUUUGCUAUAUUAGAUCGAGAUCUACAGCUAGAGAUCUCACUAGUUGUGGUCUGCUGUACAGUGCAUUCUAUCUUACCAUUACAAUACUGUUGCUUUAAAAAACAUCACAAUCCUUUCCUAUUUACGAAUAUGUAUAAAACAUAGUUACCAUGUAAGUUAGUAAUUCUACAUGAGUAGAAGUUGUAGCAAAUCUAUUGGUUCUAAACUUGCCAAACUACAUGUCCUUAGAUGGAGUCUUGUAGGUCUGGGCUUCAAGGCCAAGGCCUGCUAGUUUUCUUACAUUUUCCUCAAUCAUGCAAAUGUUAAGUAUGCAAAAAGAAUGUACAUUGAUGCACAGCUAUAGAUUGAACUAGGCCAUCACUGCUGAAUAUUAUUUAUAGUAUAUAAUAUUGUGAUAUUUUAUAAUUUUUUACAUGACCUUGUGUUUAAUUUAUAAUAAA